AUGGAAUCAACUCCUACUAAAAAGUUCACAGUUGACGAAGGCGGCAACAAAAGACAGGAAAUCUCAGUAGAUGACAUCAAGCAAGCCCUCAAUGACAUCAACCAAUGGUUUAAAUAUAAUGCUUCAUCUUACUAUACUACAUAACUUGAGGACAACAAAGGCAAUCAAGAACCAGAGGUUGACUCAAUUAUGAAGAAGCAUGGUGCAGAUGGAUGUUCAGCUCUAAAAGCCUUAUUACUUAGAUUCAGAGGUGGAUUCUAACUCUUAGAUACCUAUAAGACCUUGACUUUAGAUGAUAUUAACGGCGAAGUAUUAUCAUAUAAUUUGUAGUCAUAGAGAUUAUUCCCAAUCGCGAAAGAUAUAGAUGGACAACUCCUAUGUGUGAGAGUUGAGAGCGGGAACGAUAAUCUCUUAGUGUAUAACCCAGAGGGAAAUUCGGUUGAAGAAGAUUUGAAAAAGCCCCUUGGCCAAUACAUUGAAGAGCAAAGGGACGGACUUCUCAGCAAGAAAUUACUGUAUGAGGAUGAGCUAGGAAUUGUAUCUGUUUAAUGA